AUCAGGUCAAUUUUCCAUUGUCCACAAGUCCUGUUCUUCUUCAGUUUUCUUCUUCUAGGGUUUUUUUUUUCCUCUCUCUCUCUCUUCCACGGUCACUUUUCUCCCAAAUUCUUGAUUUCUUUGUCUUUUAAGACGGAUGUGAGAUCAAGAUCAGCCGUUCUUGUGUCACCUUCCAGGACGGAUUUGAAAACGGAAAAUGAAUAUGGAAGCUCGAGUUGGUGUAGUGGUCGAAGGAGGGCAGAAGGCUCUUAAUUCUGCUCACGGUGCCGUCGUCGACGGCGGUGCCAGGAAAUAUUUACAGCAACAAGGCCAGAACAAGCCGUCGUUGAACCAGCAACCGCAGAUUGGUACGGUGCAGCAGCUUCUAGCCGGUGGUAUUGCGGGUGCCUUUAGCAAGACGUGUACGGCGCCUCUUGCUCGCCUCACUAUUCUCUUUCAGGUGCAAGGUAUGCACUCUGAUGUUGCGGCAAUGAAGAAAACCAGCCUAUGGCAUGAAGCUUCACGUAUCAUCCAUGAAGAGGGAUUCCGUGCAUUUUGGAAAGGCAAUCUGGUCACUAUAGCUCACCGCCUACCGUAUUCUUCAGUCAAUUUCUAUGCUUAUGAACAAUACAAGAAGUUUCUUCAGUCAAUGGUUAGGGAAAGAUAUCAGGGCAAUGCCAGCGCGGAUCUUCUUGUGCAUUUUUUUGGCGGUGGUUUGGCUGGAAUAACAGCUGCCUCUGUUACAUACCCACUGGACCUUGUCAGGACCAGACUCGCUGCACAGAGAAAUACCAUUUAUUACAGAGGCAUCUCGCAUGCAUUCCAUACCAUUUGCAGAGAAGAAGGUUUCUUUGGCUUGUAUAAAGGACUUGGAGCAACCUUGUUGGGUGUUGGACCAAGUAUAGCCAUCAGCUUUUCAGUUUACGAGAGCUUGAGAUCAUUUUGGCAAUCUCGAAGGCCUCAUGACUCCACUGUAAUGGUCAGUCUUGCUUGUGGUAGUCUUUCAGGCAUAGCAUCAUCAACAGCAACAUUCCCUUUGGAUCUUGUGAGACGAAGGAUGCAAUUGGAAGGUGCUGGCGGGCGAGCCCGUGUUUAUAACACUGGCUUGUAUGGAACAUUUAAACACAUAGUGAAGUCAGAAGGUCUUAAAGGUUUGUACCGAGGGAUUCUGCCAGAGUACUACAAGGUUGUCCCAAGUGUAGGCAUCGUCUUCAUGACAUACGAGACCCUGAAAACAUUUCUAUCACAAAUUUCCUCCCGCUCAUAGCUGCUCUCAAAUGUGUGAUUCUUCCAUUUGAGCGCUUAUUCGAGUCACUGUACUAUUUCCAGCGAGUAUUCAUUAGAUCUCGACCAAGAUCUGAUCUCUAUUACGUGGUACCAAAUCGAGAUACGUAGAAAUAGGUUACCGGUCAAUACGACAACUUAGAGCGUCCCAUUCAUUUUUUUUCUUUAGAAAUUUUGUGGCAGUAAAUUUUUUGGUCGUUACUGCCAGGAGAAGACUACUACUAGUAUUUUUUUUUAUCUUGUACAGGAAGAGUUUAACCCCAAAGAGUUGCCAAUUCCAAAAACACAAUCCAUCCUGGGUGGUCAUGCCUUUGUAUACCGUUGCCUAUUAGAAUGAUUCCUUUCAAUAUUAAUAUAA